UCCUCCACCGCCUCUCUUUAUGGUCUGAAACUUUACCACGAACAGAAGAAACUGCAGCUGCAAUUAAGGAACCACGCCUGUUGCGCUAAUGUCCCUGAAUUGCAGUAUUUAUAUAGCCUGAAGCGACAACAGCUGUCCCAAGAGUUGCUCGUCUAGAAAACUUCAUUUUCAUUGGAUGUUGUUUUUUUAAUGAUAAUUUAUUAUCGCGAGAACGCACAGUAAAAGCCCAUCCAGAUCUGAUUGUGACCACUGCUAUUGGGCUGGGAGGUAAUAAUCCAGCCAGUCCACCGCACUCUGUCCGGGAACACGCACUAUAACAGCAAUGGAGUACCUCAAGUUUUGUUUUGUGUUUUCAUGCUGGGUGAAGUUUGCUAAUUCUGUCUACUCUACUGAAACACCUCAAGCUCCUGUGCCUAUUCCUAAAGAAAAAUUGCUUGUUCUUACUGUUGCAACUGAGGAAACAGAUGGCUUUAUCCGCUUUAAGCAGUCUGCAGACUAUUUCAACUACACUGUGAAGGUGUUGGGAAUGGGAGAAGCAUGGAAGGGUGGCGACGUAGGCCGUUCUAUCGGUGGAGGGCAAAAAGUCAGACUACUGAAGGAGGCCAUGGAGGGUCUUGCUGACCAGGAGGACCUUGUUGUACUAUCUGUGGACAGCUAUGAUCUUAUCUUUGCUGGGGGACCAGAAGAGAUUCUCAGGAAGUUCCAGCAAGCCCAUCAUAAAGUCCUUUUUGCUGCAGAAGGACUGAUUUGGCCAGAUAAGCGUCUAGCUGACAAGUACCCCUCAGUCCGCAGUGGCAAGCGCUACCUCAACUCUGGAGGUAUAAUUGGUUAUGCCCCAUACAUAAACAAAAUCGUUACACAAUGGAACCUCCAUGACAACGAUGACGACCAGCUCUUCUACACUAAAGUAUACCUGGAUCCCUUAAAACGAGAAAGUCUCAAUAUGACUUUGGACCACAAGUGCCAGAUCUUCCAAAACCUGAACGGGGCCGCUGAUGAAGUGCUUCUCAAGUUUGGAACAGACAGAGUGAGAGUUAGAAAUACAGCGUACGACUCUCUGCCAGUGGUCGUCCAUGGCAACGGAAACACCAAAAUGUACUUGAACUACUUGGCCAACUAUGUCCCCAAUGCAUGGAACUAUGAACAUGGCUGUAGCCACUGUGAUGAUGAUCUUGUGGACUUGUCUCAGUUACAAGACUACCCAAAUGUGUUGGUUGGAGUGUUCAUUGAGCAGCCGACUCCAUUUCUCCCUGAAUUCUUCCAGCGCCUGCUGACCCUGGAUUAUCCCAAAGAUAAACUCAAAGUUUUUGUCCAUAACAAUGAGGUUUACCACGAGAAGCACAUCCAGAAGUUUUGGGAGGAAAACAGGAAUGUGUUCAACAGUUUCAAGGUUGUGGGACCAGAGGAAAAUUUGAGCCAAGGAGAAGCCAGGAACAUGGGCAUGGAUCUUUGCCGCAAGGACACCACAUGCGACUACUACUUCAGUAUAGAUUCAGAUGUGAUGCUCACCAACAGACAGACACUGAAGCUCCUCAUUGAGCAAAACAGAAAAAUAAUUGGUCCCCUUGUCACUCGCCAUGGCAAGCUGUGGUCCAACUUCUGGGGAGCCCUGAGCCUGGAUGGUUAUUAUGCUCGCUCUGAAGAUUAUGUCGACAUUGUGCAGAGAAAACGAAUGGGUGUGUGGAACAUUCCUUACAUGGCACAUGUAUACCUUGUCAAGGGCAGUACCUUGAGGAAUGAGCUGAAAGAAAGGAACUACUUUGUUCUUGAGAAACUGGACCCAGAUAUGGCUUUUUGUAGAAACGCCAGAGAAAUGACCAGUCACAGAGAAAAAGACUCCCCUUCUCCGGAAUCAUUCCAUAUGCUCAGGCCCCCAAAGGGAGUCUUCAUGUACAUAACAAACCGUCACGACUUUGGGAGGCUAAUUUCCAAAGCCAAUUAUAACACUUCCCAUUAUAACAAUGACUUGUGGCAGAUAUUUGAAAACCCUGUGGACUGGAAGGAGAAGUACAUCCACCAAAACUACACACGAAUUUUCACUGAAAACUUCAUGGAGGAGCCUUGUCCAGAUGUGUUCUGGUUCCCGGUCUUCACAGAGAAGGCCUGUGACGAACUGGUUGAGGAGAUGGAGCACUACGGAUCAUGGUCUGGAGGCAAACACGAGGACAAGCGGAUUACUGGAGGCUAUGAGACCGUACCGACGGAUGACAUUCAUAUGAAGCAAAUCGGCUUUGAUAAGGAGUGGCUACACUUCAUCCGAGAGUUCAUAUCGCCCGUCACAUUAAAAGUUUUCUCUGGCUACUACACUAAGGGUUACGCUGUAAUGAACUUUGUGGUAAAAUACACGCCUGGCAGACAGUCAUACCUGAGGCCCCACCAUGACUCCUCUACCUUCACCAUCAACGUUGCUCUCAAUAGCAAAGAGACAGACUUUCAGGGUGGGGGUUGUCGUUUCCAUAGAUAUAACUGUUCCAUAGAGUCGCCAAGAAAAGGCUGGAGCUUCAUGCACCCAGGGCGACUGACUCAUCUCCAUGAAGGCUUGCCCACAACUAACGGCACCCGCUACAUUGCAGUGUCCUUCAUCGACCCUUGAACUGUCUGAUUAUACUGUAAAUUAGCCUGUCCGAGCUUUGCUUUUUUUCCCCAUCAUGUUUGUUUUGUCAUUUCAUGUUUUGUGCCCCUGAGGUUUUGCUGACAAAUUUUUAAAGCAGUUGCUUUAAAAGAUCGAGUGAUUACAUUAAACUAAUCUCUGUCAAACAGAGUGUAGAGUGGAAAGGGAAGUGACGAAAAGUAAUUCACGCUUUAGAUACACAAAAUGGGAAGAACAAUAUGCUAGCAGAGUGCACGGUUGUGUCUUACCUUCAAUUUAAAUAUAAACCAUUUAUUUUUGGAUUGCAAAUUAGGUUAAUUGCAGGAAUUUUUGUGAACAUGAUUUUAACCAUUCUGCUUUACCAUUGUCAUGCUAACUGUCAUUAAUUGCUAGCGUUUAGCUGUACCAUGCUAGCGUGCAGAUUGUUUUUGUGUAUCUAUUUGUGUUUCAGGUAAAAUGUCACUGAGCGCAUUUACACUGUAAAAACUCGUAAUUGGGUCAACAGUUACUACUGGUGCUAAUCAACUCUGUGUUUCUGCAAUAGACGAGAUAAAAUUCAUUAUUUGGCAGGGUACGAGUUAAAGUGUUUUCGUACACUUAAUAAUCAAUUGAUGAUUUUGAAUAAAUUAAACUUUGCUUUGUGCCCGAUGAAAAAUAAAUCUAUUUUUGUAAUUUUGCACCCCAGAAAAAAAAGAAGAACAAAAUUCAGUAUGAGUUAUGUUUGAAUGAAGUUUAAAAGGUUCUGUUUUACUUGAAAGGUUCUUAGUUUAUAUCUUUAUCAAAACAUUAAUUUUCUUUCCUGAGAAUAUUUCUGCUUUUAUUUUCUAAGAGACAUGUGUGAAUGAUUUUGUAAUUCAGCAAAUUAAGUUUAACUUAUUGUCAAAAUGUAAUAAAAAAGUG